AUGUCAGCGCUUCGCGCCAAUGAAGUACCAGGAAAGUUCGUUCGCUUGCUUGAUGACACGAAUCAACGAACAACUGCUGCAGUUCGAACACCAGCCGGAUGUACAACACCGUUUGAAGUGGUAACUGGAGUAAGACAAGGGGCAGUGGCAGGACCUUUCCUGUUCAAUUUCGCAAUCGACGACAUUAUGCGAAGAACAGUCGACCAGUGUCCUGCCGACAUUGUCUUAGCACCACAGGGUGCCCCUUGA